UUGUAAGCUUAUAGAGGAUAAGCUCUCGUUAAUUUCCUCCAAUUAGCUGAUUCAUAAUCAGCAUUCCAAGUACAACAAGACAUGAAGGGGGUGGCCUAAUGUGACAUUACACUCCAUGAGUCAGCUUCUUUGAAUCCAAUAAUUCAACAGCAUCAAGAUCAAUAUCCCUUUUUAACCGCUAUCAAUCAUUAUUCUCCAAUGAAAUCGGUAAACGAAAUGGAUCUUGAAGAGUGGGAACUUCUCCCUGACGAUGGAUUUCUCGAAAUCCACGAUGAUGGGGGGAAGAAAAUCUACUCUAGGAAGUAUGGUAGUGGUCCAGCGGGUGUUCUUGAGACGAAUUACUUCGUCUGUCCACCUAAAUCUAGUCCACAAUUCGUCGAAAGAGCAAACAAUCAACUUGUCCCAGUUCCAGUUCUCCUGGAACCGACAAUUCUCAAGCCCUGCGAUCAGGAGAUACCUAAACAAAUCCCGGUUGAGAUUAAAAUCUUGCCAUCAGCGUUACCGGAGAAGAUCAGACCUUUUAAUACCGGAUCAGCUUCUGAAGCUGAUCAAGACCCGGUUUCCCAAGUUUUCUUCAAGAAAAUGAAGGAACCUGAAUUUGUCGACAUGAAAGUGGAGUCACCUACAUCUAGUAGAAGUGGAAUCAUGCCUCAGAUUGAUGGUGCAGGCUUUUAUCAGUUUGAAGAAAAUGAAGAGGCCUAUAAAGUGGAAGCAUUGGACAGCGAAAGUUGUGCAUCAAAAGUAAAAGGUGAUUCAGAGAUGGAAAUGGAUGAAAAUAAUUGGGGAUUUAAUAUAUGGAAAUGGAGUUUAACUGGAAUCGGUGCUAUUUGCUCCUUUGGAGUUGCGGCCGCCACUGUUUCCAUCAUCGUCUUGGGGAGUAGCCAAAAGAGUAAACAGCAGAAUCAAAAGCUUCAGUUACAAUUCUAUGCAAAUGACAAGAGGAUCAAGCAUGUGGUUCACCAUGAAAGUAAGCUAAAUGAAGCAAUAUUUAGAGGAGUUCCCCUCACCAGAGCACAUGUUACCUUUGGUGGAUACUAUGAGGGUCUUUGAAUCAUGGCUUACUGUUUUUAUCAGCAUUAGUUAUCUCCUCAUAAAUAAUGCUCUGUUUGUUCACAGAUCUUUUAGCAUAAUAUGUUAGUAUUUCUUCAUAGUAUUGUGUAUGGAAACAUAUUGAGAUUUAUGUAUUCAUCAUACAUUCCUUAUGGUUA